CUUCAGAGUUCCUUCAUCCCAAAACCUAAAUCUCGUCUUCGUUUCCGAGAAAAUCAAAGAAAAAGAGAGAGAGACUCACGAUGGCACCAAAGGCAGGAAAGAAACCAGCAGAGAAGAAACCCGCCGCCGCAGAGAAGCCAGUGGAGGAAGAGAAGGUAGCGGAGAAAGCACCAGCUGAGAAGAAGCCCAAGGCCGGAAAGAAGCUACCUAAGGAAGCCAUCGGCGCGACCGACAAGAAGAAGAAGCGCAGCAAGAAGAACAUCGAGACGUACAAGAUAUACAUCUUCAAGGUUCUUAAGCAAGUCCACCCAGACAUCGGAAUCUCGAGUAAGGCCAUGGGGAUCAUGAACAGCUUCAUCAACGACAUCUUCGAGAAGCUUGCUCAGGAAGCGUCGAAACUCGCAAGGUACAACAAGAAGCCGACCAUUACUUCUCGCGAGAUCCAGACAGCUGUUAGACUUGUUCUUCCUGGUGAGCUUGCUAAGCACGCCGUGUCUGAAGGAACCAAGGCUGUGACUAAGUUUACUAGCUCUUGAAUGAAAUCACUUGUUAGGAUUCUAGAUCUGAGCGCUUUUGGGUUUGUCUUUUGGUAUGGAUUAUGCUCAUCUUAGCUUUAUGAUUUGGUGACUGUGUAAGAACAUAUGGAAUGAUUAAUCGUCUCUUUCUGUUUAACUCUCA